AUGCGGGGAUUCUACAAGGUAGGAUACAUCAUGCAGAAUGGGGUCGGGAUCUUUGACAUGAAGGACGGGAGAUGCUACAAAGGAAUAUUUGACUGGCUUGCAAACGCACCCUUGCAGAGUUACAGUGGCGAGUCAAAGAAGCGUGCUGUCCCAGCAGGGUCCUUUCGCAAUGGUGUUGAGGUUGUUGAGAAGGAGCAGCAGCGGGAGCGGUUGAUGAAGAAGAUCAUGGAGAAGAAGGAGGAGAUGAGGGAGGAUGCGAAUCAGAGGUAUGCUUGCUGUUUGUUCCUCAACAACUAUGACUACCUGCUCCCUCUCAAGUCUGCAGCUAUCCACCAGCUCCGUCACAGCCUUCGGCUAUACCGUUCCUCAGCUCUUGAAGUUCCUGGGUGGAACGAAGAGACGAGCAUGAGGUGGAGGACCAAAUGCUUUCGCAUCAUGAUGAACAGGGCAACCGAGCUGCAAUUCGAGGAAGAGGAGAAGGAAGAUGAAGGUCAACAGGGAAGCUGGAGCGACGAUGAGUUUUUUGGAGAUUCUGCCAACAACACGGAGAAGAACACGAUCGACCAAGAGGAGCUGCUCUUCAUGCUCCUACAAGACCUCUUUGAGUCCAUCUCAACCAGCAAGAUUUCAGCAGCCUAUUCACAUUUUCCUCGCUCGAAGAUUCUCAGGAUUUACGUGCAAGACAUGCAGGAGGAUGCCGUCGGAGAAGACCUGCUCCUCCUCACCAACAAGUGGUUGAGGUGA